AAAGCCGCAGCAACCUCCAGUGUUAAGCCGCACUUUGGAGCUCUUACGGAAGAGCCCCGUACAGAUCAACCGCAGACUAUUACACACGCCGCAAAUCAACCUAUCUCUUCCCCCAGUCCGCCAGACUCGACCGGAACAGACAACAAUGCUCCCCCGGGGUCCCAGACACCUGGCGCUGCUGCGCACGCUCACCGCGCCCCGGCCCCCAUCCGUGCCGCCCGCUCUCCAGCGCCGAUUCCGACAGCACAUGCGGGGCCGGUUCUAUUCAUCACAACCUCAACCGGGCGGUUCUCCAAAUGCGGACUUCUUUAAGACCUUUGGCCGCCCCAUCGGCAAGGUCUUCCUCCUCGCCAUCUUCACUUACCAGCUGGCCUACUUUUUCUGGACGAGUCUCGAGUAUGAAGAGAUCAAGGGCGAGAUGCAAGCGACCAUCGCCGAACUGGAAGCUAGGGUAGAGCAAUUGGAGAAGAACCGCGGCCGAUAAAAAGAGAGAAAAGAAAAGGAAGAAAGGUCCAAGAGAAGUUGGAUCUACACCAAAUUUACGCCGCGGUCCGGGCCGGAUCCCCUACCGAACCAUAACCUGCCCACCUACUUGUC